ACAUCCCUUUCAACAAACACUGGAUAAUUCCUUGUGCAGAUACUUUUCAGAAUGAGUAAAUGGAGUAAUGGAAUUCAAUAUAUAGUUUCUGUGUGUUGUAUAGUCCAUUAUUGCAUGUAGUUAUCAAACUCAAGCUACCACGCUCUUAAAAGAAGCGUGAAAAUCAUCUUUCUUUCACCUUUUUCACUCUUUUAUAAAAGCUCAGUACUAUCUGUUCUCUUUGUUUCUGUUAUAUCCUAGCUCAGGAAUUUGCCUAAAUAUGGGGAAUCAAAUUCUUUGGUUGGUAUUUUGUUUAUGGGCUUUGACAUGCCUACUUCUUCCUGCUACCUCCGAUGGCCUAGUGAGAAUUAGUUUGAAGAAGCGUCCUCUGGAUCUUGAUAGCAUUAAUGCUGCCAGACUCGCAAGGCAGGAAGGCAAAUCAGGAGUUGGUGCAUACAGCAGGUUUCAUAAUUCAGAUAUAGAUAUAGUACCACUUAAAAACUUUUUGGAUACUCAAUACUUCGGAGAAAUUGGUAUUGGCUCGCCCCCACAGAAGUUCACUGUCAUAUUUGAUACUGGCAGUUCUAAUCUCUGGAUUCCAUCAUCAAAAUGCUACUUUUCUCUUGCCUGCUAUUUCCAUUCUAGGUACAAAUCAAGUCAGUCCAGUACAUAUACCAUGAAUGGAACAACUUGUGAAAUACAGUAUGGAUCUGGAUCAAUUGCUGGUUUCUUCAGUCAAGAUAGUGUUGAAGUUGGAAAUCUUGUUGUCAGGGAUCAAGAUUUCAUUGAGGUUACGCGAGAAGGAAGUCUUACAUUUGUCUUGGCAAAGUUUGAUGGAAUACUUGGGCUUGGAUUUCAGGAAAUCUCAGUUGGGAAUGCUGUUCCAGUGUGGUACAAUAUGAUGCAGCAACACCUUGUAGGGGAUGAUGUCUUCUCAUUCUGGCUCAACAAGGAUCCAGAGGCCGCAGAGGGUGGUGAGAUUGUUUUUGGUGGUGUUGAUGAAAAACACUAUAAGGGGAAACAUACCUAUGUUCCAAUUACCAGAAAAGGUUACUGGCAGUUCAGCAUGGGAGAUUUUCUAAUUGGAGACCAUUCAACAGGAGUCUGCCAGUGGGGUUGCCCUGCAAUCGUGGAUUCAGGAACAUCCUUGCUUGCUGGUCCAACAGCUAUUGUGGCUGAAAUCAAUAAUGCCAUUGGAGCUGAAGGGAUCGUGAGUGCUGAGUGCAAGGAAGUGAUCACACAGUAUGGAGAGUUAAUAUGGGAUCUACUGAUAUCAGGGAUACGACCUGGUCAAGUAUGUUCACAGCUUGGUUUAUGCAUUUGCAAUGGGGCUCAGUGUGUGAGCACCAGGAUUGAAUCAGUGGUUGAGAAGGAGGAAUCGUCUGUUGGGGAUGAUCUUCUAUGCACGGCCUGUGAGACGCUUGUCAUUUGGGUCCAGAAUCAACUAAAACAAAAGGAGACAAAGGAGGCAGCUUUCAACUAUGUGAAUAAGUUAUGCGAGAGCCUACCAAGUCCAAUGGGAGAGUCAGUAAUUGAUUGUGAGAGUGUUUUAAGCAUGCCAAACAUCACUUUUACCAUAGGAGAUAAACCUUUCAAUCUCACUCCAGACCAGUAUAUUCUGAAAACUGGAGAAGGCAUUGCAGCAGUUUGCAUCAGUGGGUUUAUGGCUUUUGACAUACCUCCUCCAAGAGGUCCUCUCUGGAUUCUUGGAGAUGUGUUCAUGAGAGUGUAUCACACUGUGUUCGACUUCGGUGAACUCCAGCUGGGUUUUGCUGAGGCUGUUUAGCAAGCAAACCUUUUAUUAGGUUGUAUAUUGUGAUCAGAUGCUCUGAUGCCAAUAGUAGUAGAAGAUAGAUAUAAUGGAUUGUAGAGAGGUUUAUGCUUGUAUAUGCCUAUUAUCACAUCACAUGAAUACAUGCACUUUUGCUCUUAAAUUCAACUGAAUUAUACUUAAAAAUCUUUGUAAUUAAGGUAUAUUUCUUUC